AUGUUUGUGGGCGGCCCUGAGGACAUCCCCAUUGAGGGCGACGAGUUCGAAAAGUCGAAGCCAAGAGUCCUCUCCAUCGCUGGAUACUGCUUCCUUUCACUGAUCGCCCACUUUUUCGUCCAAGAUGUUGGUGGUGCGCUGUCCAUGGCUAUUCUCGGCGGGUUGCUGUACUACUACUCCAAGAAGCCUACUCAUCUCAGCAUCACGCUGGCAUUAGGCAUGAGCCUGGCGAUCUUGUUCAUGAGCGGCUUCAUCUGGUUCAGCAUAUUGUUAUCUACGCAUCUUCAACUGUGGCUAGCGGAUAUUGUCACACAAUUAGAGUUCAUCCUCUACGUGCUCGAUUUCGGCGCCUCCUGCCUCGCACUAUUCCAACUUCAAUACGUUUUUGAUUCGCCAACCUACCGUGGGCCGCGGUCCUUCCUUCCCCGCUGGGCCGAAUCUGCUGCUCGUGCUGAGGGAUGGAAAGGAUGGUCUCCAUUCCAGGGUGAAGGGCAACGCCUGGGCGGAUGGCAGUAA